AUGGAAACUUUUCAUAAUGAAUAAUUUCUUGCAUCUGCAUAAAAAGGUUCUAUGGAAGAGAUUAAAAGAGCUAUUGUUUAAGGAAAUAUAGACAUCAAUUAUCAAGAUAGAGAAGGUAUAUAUAUUCAAUUGUAUAUAUGAGGAAACACUGCUCUUUUUUGGGCUAUAAUGCAUAAUCAAUUAGAAAUUGUAAGAUUUCUUAUUUAAAAUGAUGCAUCUCUUGAAGUUUAUAAUUUAUAAGGAUCAGGACCAUUACAUCUUGCAGCAGAAAAGAUGAAUAAAGAAAUUGUUUUAUUACUUGUUGUUAAUUAAGCAGAUCCAAACUUAAAGAAUCAAUCUGGAUAAAGGUUAUUCUAAUAUAUAUAUCUUAGACCUGGUGAUGGAAUAACAGAAAUUAGAACUUUUAUUAAUAAUUUAACAGCUGAAAGUAAAGCCUUUGGUGUUUUAAAACAAAAUUAGAAAUUCAAACUAUAAGCCAUUUUUGAGGAUAUAGAUAUUGAUGGUUCUAAAUAUAUUGAUCAUUCAAAAGCUGUUAAAUUCAAUAAAUAUAUUGAAGAUAGUAUAACUGAUAAUCAAGCUGAAAAAGAUGCUAAAGAUUUCAUCAAAUCAGUUGCAUUAUGCAAUCCUGAAAGAGGAGUACAUUAAAUAUCUCAUCAUCUUCAUUUAGGUCAAUAUUGAUGAAUGGUACUUUAGUUUUUCCAAACUUCUUGUUGUCGAUCCACCUGCUUUUGAUAAAUUCAUUGAAGAUUAUGAUAAAUAAGUUGAAAAAAAAUAAAAACUAAGACUUUAAAUGCAAGAUUGA